AAGAGUUGGAGUGCACUAUUCUCAAAGCGAGGCUUCUUCGGUGUCGAAAGUGACUAUUUUCUCCAAAUGUUCGUUGUUCGAGAGAUGGUGGAAGUGGCUUCUCAAACUUACCAGGCGUACUGGUCCAGCUAUUUACUCCACGGACUGUGGUUUAACACAGUAUUGGUUCUUCUUCUGGUGACGAAUUGCUGGUCGACGCCUGCCGUGCACCAAUUUCUC